AUGAAUACAAAAAUUAUUUCUUGGAAUGUUAAUGGGUUGGCAGAUAGUAACAAGAGGGAUGAUCUUAGAGUUCUCAUCAGGCUUUGGAAACCUUUAAUUAUUUGCAUUCAGGAAACUCACAUGGCAGGUUUGCAGCGUCAUCAGGUUAAACAAAUUUGGGGUGCUAAAAAUUUUGAUUGGGUGGCGUUAGAUUCUCUUGGACAGUCAGGUGGCAUCCUUAUGAUCUGGAAUAACAACAAAGUGGUUAUGAUUGAGUCUCUUCUUGGUGCGUUUUCGAUUUCAAUAAGAUGCAAAUAUAUCAAUGAUGAUUUUGUCUGGUUACUAACCUCUGUAUAUGGUCCGGUGCUCAAUUUCGAAAAAGAUCAAUUUUGGGAAGAACUCGGAGACAUUCGAUACUUAUGGAAUGAUCCUUGGGUCCUCUCGGGUGACUUUAAUAUCACCAGAUUUGCUUCCGAAAGAUCUGGGACCCAAUCUAUCGCCAGUUUUAUGCGCAAGUUUUCCAAUCUCGUUCACGAUCACCAGCUACUCGACCUUCCUCUUGUGGGUAGUCAUUUUACUUGGUCAAUAAACUCGUCAUGGAGCAAGUUGGAUCGGUUCCUCAUUUCUUCUGAAUGGGAGGACCAUUUUCUUAGAAUAGAGCAAUCUACUCUUCCAAAACCCUUCUCUGACCACAUCCCCAUUGUGCUUUCUACUGAAGAAGAAGAAGGAUGGGGGCCAACUCCUUGCAGAUUCGAAAAUAAUGUGGCUUCAAGAUGA